CCCGUCGCCUAGAUGACGUCAUUCUGCGCGCCCGGAAUGAGCCAGUGUGCACAGCAUCUCGGGCGAGUUUCUUCCCGGAGAUUCUAGUGCUGGACCGCGUGUGAGUAGACAGCAUGAAAGAAACGCCACUCUCCAACUGCGAGCGCCGCUUCCUGCUCCGAGCCAUCGAGGAGAAGAAGCGGUUGGAUGGCAGACAAACUUAUGACUACAGGAACAUCAGGAUCUCAUUUGGAACAGAUUAUGGAUGCUGUAUUGUAGAACUGGGGAAAACAAGAGUUCUUGGACAAGUUUCCUGUGAACUUGUUUCUCCAAAACUCAAUAGGGCAACAGAAGGUAUUCUGUUUUUUAACCUUGAACUCUCUCAGAUGGCUGCUCCAGCUUUUGAACCUGGCAGGCAGUCAGAUCUGUUGGUGAAGUUGAAUCGACUCUUGGAAAGAUGUCUAAGAAAUUCAAAGUGUAUAGAUACUGAAUCUCUCUGUGUCAUUGCUGGUGAAAAGGUUUGGCAGAUCCGUGUAGACCUACAUUUAUUAAAUCAUGAUGGAAAUAUUAUUGAUGCUGCCAGCAUUGCUGCAAUUGUGGCCUUGUGUCACUUCCGAAGACCUGAUGUGUCUGUCCAAGGAGAGGAAGUAACACUGUAUACACCUGAAGAGCGUGAUCCUGUGCCAUUGAGCAUCCACCAUAUGCCCAUUUGUGUCAGCUUUGCUUUCUUCCAGAAAGGAACAUAUUUAUUGGUGGAUCCUAGUGAGCGAGAAGAACGAGUGAUGGAUGGCUUACUAGUGAUUGCCAUGAACAAGCAUCGAGAAAUUUGUACCAUUCAGUCCAGUGGUGGGAUAAUGCUGCUAAAAGACCAGGUUUUGAGAUGCAGUAAAAUAGCUGGUGUAAAAGUAGCAGAAACUACCGAGCUGAUACAGAAAGCUUUGGAGAGUGACCAGAGAGCUAGGAAAGAAGGUGGAAAAUUUGGCUUUGCAGAAUCCAUAGCAAAUGAAAGGAUCACAGCAUUUAAAAUGGAGAAGGCCCCUGUUGAUACUUCUAAUAUAGAGGAGAAAGCAGAAGAAAUCAUUGCUGAAGCUGAACCUCCUCCAGAAGUUGUUUCUAAACCUGUCCUGUGGACUCUUGGAACUGCCCAGAUUGGAGAGGGAAUAGAAAACUCCUGGGGUCAUCUUGAAGAUUCUGAGAAGGAAGAGGAAGAGGAUGAUGAUGCUGUCAUUCUUGAUGAUAUAAAGAUGGAAACUGGAGUAGAAGUUUCUGAUAGUAGAAACCAAGGUACCCCUAUACUAUUGUCAGAUAGUGAAGAGGAAGAAAUAAUCAUUUUGGAACCAGACAAGAAUCCAAAGAAAAUAAGAGCUCAAGUCACCAGUGCAAAACAAGAAAAAGCACCAAGUAAAAGUCAAGUGAAAAAGAGGAAAAAGAAGAGAACUGCUAAUUAAAGCUAAAAUGGUUGUAUAUUUGUAUAUAUAACUAUUAAAAGGAUAUUUAUUCAGUGCUACA